GACACGCUAGUUGAAGGAGAAGAAACGUCGCCUCCUCAACAAGACGUCGUCACCACUACUCCGCCAUCAAGCCCCCGUGUCCCUUCACCAAAAAGGGCAAGGGUUGAAAAGAUUGUUGAUUCUGCCCCUCAGUUGGGCAGUUCGUCGACUCUGCUCUUAGAUGAUCCUAUGAUCAAGGAUCUUCUCCGCAUCGGGUCCCAAUUUAUUGGGUACCGUGAAUAUGCCGCCAGAGCCGAAGAAAAACUUUCAGAGGCCAACGAACGUGUCGACGCACUUGCUCAAAAACUCGAGCAAAGUGAGGCGGCUCGCAAGAAAGCUGAACUUGCUGCUAGCAAAGCCAAGGCCGAGGUUGAUGAAGCCAAGGUGAAAGCUGCUAGUGUCGAGGAACUGCAGAGAAGGCUCAAAGAUGCCGAAUCUGCCUUAGAUGAGCAGAAAACUGCACAAACUGUGCGUGAACAAGAGAUCAUCAAGCGUCUGAAGUCGCAAAGUCGACCCCAAACAAACCAAGAUUUUGAUCUGGAGAAUCCCGUCAAUGACCCUCUCCUUGAUGCACUUUCUCUUCUGGAGUUCCAUGGGCGCGAAAUUCGUGAAGGCGUGGCCAAUGCCAGUGCGAGUUUGUCGGCGUUGUUCCCCUACUUCUUCCCGAAGAAAGAGGAACCUUCGACUUUCCUUGCCCUUGCCAAGCUUUUCAAUUCGUCGGAAGACCUGGGAUUGAAGAUGCGUCAGGGAGAAUAUGAAGCUCCACUGUAG